AUGUUAACCUUCCAUCGAUCCAUGCCUCCAAAGCAACCGAAGGCCGAUUUGGCGAAAAAACAGAAACAAGUGGAAGACAAAACUUUCGGGCUGAAAAACAAGAACAAGAGCAAGAAUGUUCAGAAGUAUGUUCAGAGUCUCCAGCAAUCUGUUCAGCCUAAACCCGAUGCGGCUAAAGCUGCUGCCAAGAGAUCAUGUAAUACUGAAACAAAAAAGAAAGAGGAAGAGAAAGCGAGAGAACAGGAAUUGAAUGAGUUGUUCAAGGUAGCGAUUAGCCAGCCCAAAGUUCCUGUAGGUGUGGAUCCAAAGUCCAUCCUGUGUGAGUUUUUCAAGGCCGGGCAGUGUCAAAAGGGGUUCAAGUGCAAGUUCUCUCAUGAUUUGAACAUUCAAAGGAAGGGUGCAAAGAUCGACAUUUACAGUGAUAAACGUGAUGAAGAUGGAACGAUGGAGGAGUGGGAUCAAGAGACCCUUGAAAAGGUUGUGGAAUCAAAGAAGAAUGAAUAUAACCAGAAUAAGCCGACAGAUAUUGUAUGCAAGUAUUUUCUGGAUGCGGUGGAGAAGAAACAGUAUGGGUGGUUCUGGGCUUGCCCCAAUGGAGCCAAAGAGUGUCAUUACAGACACGCUCUUCCUCCUGGGUAUAUCCUUAAAUCUCAAAUGAAGGCCCUCUUGGAAGAGGAGUCACAAAAGAUGCCGGUUGAAGAAGAGAUCGAAAAUGAGCGUGCAAAACUGAAAACUGCGACCCAGAUGACUCCUGCGCUAUUUAUGGAAUGGAAGAGGAAGAAAAUAGCUGAGAGGGAUGCAGGUUUGGCUGCUUCUCAAGCGGAGAGAGCUAAGAACGACCGUAUGAGUGGUCGGGAGCUGUUUCUGGCCAAUGCAAGCUUGUUCGUGGAUGAUGCUGAAGCUUUUGAAGAAUACCAGAGGGAAAAGGAAGAGGAAGAGAGUGAACAGAAGGCAAAGAACAAAGAAACAGAGGCAGGGACAAGCAGGAGUAGCGGUGAUGCUGAAGAGAGUUCGAAACAAGUCGGUGAAGAUGACGAUGAUGAUGAUGAUGAUGAUGAUGAUGAUUUAGACAUGGAUGAGCUGGAUGAAUUGGAAGCAAGCUUGUCGAAAACAUCGAUCCAGAUUCGUGAGCCAAACAAUGAAGGAUCAUCUUGA